AUGGCGUCGUCGGGCCUCGACGCCCUCCAGAGACACAGCGAGCAGCCGGCGCCCUCGCCGGGCUCCCGCCCUUACCAGAAUGUGGAUGCCUGCUUCUUUACCACCGCCAAUCCUGAACAUCCCAACUCUUGUCCCAUUUUUCAACGGCGGCGCGGCUGCCGAGCUCCCCCGCGCGGCGGGCUCUGCUGCGGGGAGGCGCUCGCCCCGCGCCGCGCUGCCUGUGCGUGCGGGAACGGCCCCCGCAGCCCAAGCGGACUCUGGAGCCGGCGGCAGCGCGCGUCUCGCGGGCGGCGGCGUCCAGCGCCCGGGCCCGGGCUGCGCGGCCAGCCCCGAGGGCUGCGGCGCCAGGGACGCGCGGGGGGCCCGUGCUCCGCCGCCGCCGCCUGCUGCCGCCGCGAGGCCAUCGGGAUCCUCGGGUGCCAGCCGCUGCCCACUUGUCCCACUCCGGAUCUGCAUGGGAAGUUGGGGAAGAUGGACAGGGUCGUGUUGGGGUGGACCGCUGUCUUCUGGUUAACAGCCCUGGUGGAAGGCCUGCAGGUCACAGUGCCCGACAAGAAGAAGGUGGCCAUGCUCUUCCAGCCUACCGUGCUCCGCUGCCACUUCUCCACAUCCUCCCAGCAGCCUGCAGUGGUGCAGUGGAGGUUCAAGUCCUACUGCCAGUACCGUAUGGGAGAGUCCUUGGGCAUGUCCUCUCCCGGGGCCCAAGCUCUCAGCAAGAGGAACCUAGAAUGGGACCCCUACUUGGACUGUCUAGACAGCAGAAGGACCGUUCGAGUGGUAGCUUCAAAGCAGGGCUCGACUGUUACCCUGGGAGAUUUCUACCGGGGCAGAGAGAUCACCAUAGUUCAUGAUGCAGAUCUGCAGAUCGGAAAGCUCAUGUGGGGAGACAGCGGGCUCUAUUACUGCAUCAUCACCACCCCGGAUGACUUGGAAGGCAAACAUGAGGACUCCGUGCAACUGCUGGUGUUGGGCAGGACAGGGCUGCUUGCUGAUCUCUUGCCCAGUUUUGCUGUGGAGAUUAUGCCAGAGUGGGUGUUUGUUGGCCUGGUGAUCCUGGGGAUCUUCCUCUUCUUCGUGCUGGUGGGGAUCUGCUGGUGCCAGUGCUGCCCUCACAGCUGCUGCUGCUAUGUCCGCUGCCCAUGCUGCCCGGAUACCUGCUGCUGCCCUCAGGCCUUGUAUGAAGCAGGGAAAGCAGCCAAGGCCGGGUACCCUCCCUCUGUCUCCGGUGCCCCAGGCCCCUACUCCAUCCCCUCUGUCCCUUUGGGAGGAGCCCCCUCUUCUGGCAUGCUGAUGGACAAGCCGCAUCCACCUCCCUUGGCACCAAGUGACUCCACUGGAGGAAGCCACAGUGUUCGCAAAGGUUACCGGAUCCAAGCCGACAAAGAGAGAGACUCCAUGAAGGUCCUGUACUACGUCGAGAAGGAGCUGGCCCAGUUCGAUCCGGCCAGAAGGAUGAGAGGCAGAUAUAACAACACCAUCUCAGAACUCAGCUCCCUGCAUGAUGAUGACAGCAAUUUCCGCCAGUCCUUCCACCAGAUGCGGAGCAAGCAGUUUCCUAUGUCUGGGGACUUGGAGAGCAACCCUGACUACUGGUCAGGUGUCAUGGGAGGCAACAGCGGGAAUAACCGGGGACCAGCCCUGGAGUAUAACAAAGAGGACCGUGAGAGCUUCAGGCACAGCCAGCCGCGCUCCAAAUCCGAGAUGCUGUCGCGGAAGAACUUCGCCACGGGCGUGCCGGCCGUGUCGAUGGACGAGCUGGCGGCCUUCGCAGACUCCUACGGCCAGCGGUCGCGACGCGCCAACGGCAACAGCCACGAGGCGCGGGCCGGGAGCCGCUUCGAGCGCUCCGAGUCGCGGGCCCACGGCCCCUUCUACCAGGACGGCUCUCUGGACGAGUACUACGGGCGCGGCCGCAGUCGCGAGCCGCCGGGCGACGGGGAUCGCGGCUGGGCUUACAGUCCCGCACGUCGCCGGCCGCCCGAGGAGGCUCCGCUGCCGCGCCUGGUGAGCCGGACCCCGGGCACCGCGCCCAAGUACGACCACUCGUACCUGAGCAGCGUGCUGGAGCGCCAGGGGCGAGCCGAGAGCACCAGCCGCGGUGGCAGCCUGGAGACGCCGUCCAAGCUGGGUGCGCAGCUCGGCCCGCGCAGCGCCUCCUACUACGCCUGGUCGCCGCCCGCCACUUACAAGGCCGGGGCCAGCGAGGGCGAAGACGAGGACGACGCGGCGGAUGAGGAUGCGCUGCCACCCUACAGCGAGCUGGAGCUGAGCCGGGCCCCGUCCUACCGCGGCCGCGACCUGCCCUUCCACAGCAACUCGGAAAAGAGGAGGAAAAAGGAGCCUGCCAAGAAAACUAGUGACUUUCCAACCAGAAUGUCCCUUGUGGUCUGAUGGUGUCAAGACACAACUCUGGAUCAUUAGAAAUCAGAUGCAGACUAUGGAGAUGAGACACAAAGCUGAGAGCCAGCAAGCCUAGGACCUUCUCUGGCCAGCAACCACCUUGGAAGAUUUGUUGAUCUCUGCUUUGGUGACGGACAGGAGGCAUCCUUGAAGGAGGCUGAUUUCAAACCCUGGUGCCCAAUCUAUCUUGAGAAACUUACCAAGAAGACAAUGAUGUGUGAGAACGUACCACAUCAUAACCCACGGGGUCUAUCUUGCCUCACCCACAUUUCCUUAGCAGAAUCAAGACUCUGUGUCCAGUUCUGAAACAGGUAGCUUUGGACCCCUGACCUCUAGAAAUUACCCAUGCUUGUGGUAUGUUUUUCUACAAGUGCUGUUCUGUGCUUAGAGACAGAAGAAUUUAUUACUACUGUUAAAAGACCUUCUGCUCACAAGAGAGAUAACUUCAAGGUAAAAUAUACCUUUUAUCCCCAUCACCUGCAGGCAUUGGUCAAUGAGAUCGUUAUGCUAAAAUCAGAAGGCCUUUGGUGAGCUUAAUGGCAGUGACCUCCUGGGCAAUCACAGAAAUGGCUUCAAUUUGCUGCUCUGACUCACAAGUCUUAAGUGGCUGGGACAAACAGGAUAGCAUUUUGAAAAGCUGUCUAAGUGGUCUCUUUUUCCAUUCGGGGGACGUAAGCUGCUUCUCAUCUUUCUGUUGUGCACAGUGACAUCCAAGCCUUGAACUCCUAAGCCUCUCUCUCUUCCUCUCCUCUCUUCUCCUGAACUUUUCAGGGAGGGGCUGGUGCGUCUGAGGGUGUCCCACUCCACUCUGCAGUGUGACUAACUUGUCAUCAGGUGCCUUUGACAGAUGUUCAAAACACACACUUGGAAGAGGGCGAGAAAAGAAAGCAGUGAGGAGAAAUGGAGAAGAAUUUAAGAGGAAAAUAAUAUGCAGUCUCUUUGGAUCUUGAAUGUGGGUUGUUUUCCCCACAAACACAC